AGCGCGCGCGAAUGGCACCGAGAGGAGACUGACUGCGGCUCGGCGGAGAGCGGACUCAUCCCGAGCAGAGGCUUCCCGGCGCCCAGCGAAGGAGCACUAAAAGCGAAAACAAAAGAAACAAGGUCCAGAACCUGCUGAGUCAGAUUCCCGAUCAGCCCGUUGCCGCUGCUUCAAGGAGAACAGCCUCAUCCUGGUACCAGUCAGGCUGCCCAAAGCAGUAGAAGCGCUGCUUCUUUUUUUCUGAGAGAUAUACGACAGACGGUCUGGUCCAACGUCACAGGAUGAAGAAAAGCAGGAGUGCACAGGGUGUCACGCCAGGUGAUGAGAACACAGAUCUGUCUGUAGGUCAAUUUUCUGCAAGCAACACCCUUGGGGUGGAAGUGUGCAAAGUCCACCGUCGGUUUUCUGGCAACCUGCAGUUGCCUCCGUUGUCAUGGCGACAGGCAGAGAAGGACCGGGACAGGGGCAGGCCGCUGACACCCGAGGAAGACCCCGUGACCCGAACCAGACCCACGAGCCUGCCCAUCGCUUCUCUGCCCCGCAUCGACAUCACGCAGGCCGACCCGGACAGCUUGGAAGUUGAGAAUGGCCCUUCCCUGUGCUGCAGUCCUUCAGACCCACAGGCGUCUCCAGGUUCGGGUCUGGUUCUGCACCCCAGCCUGGCGGCUCACGGCCAGAGAAGAGAGUCCUUCUUAUAUCGUUCUGACAGCGACUAUGAACUUUCACCUAAGUCCUUGUCUCGAAACUCCUCAAUUGUCGGAGAGUUACACGGAGAAGAUUUGAUCGUGACCCCGUUUGCCCAGGUUCUGGCAAGCCUUCGGACUGUUAGAAACAAUUUCACUACCUUGACAAAUGUACAGUGUACAUCAAAUAAAAGAUCUCCUGCAUCAAACCAGCCCUGUUCCACCAAAGUCUGUCUUUCAGAUGAAUCCUAUCAGAAGCUGGCCAUGGAGACCAUGGAGGAACUGGACUGGUGUUUGGACCAGCUGGAGACCAUUCAAACCUACAGGUCCGUUAGCGACAUGGCUUCAAAUAAGUUCAAGAGGAUGCUGAACCGGGAACUGAGCCACCUGUCAGAAAUGAGCCGCUCAGGCAACCAAGUGUCUGAGUACAUCUCCAACACCUUCUUAGACAAGCAGAACGAGCUGGAGCUUCCAUGUCCGGUUCAGAAGUCGAGGGAGAGGAAGAGGAGGCAGGGCCAGCAGCAACAGCCGGGAGGGAUGAUGACACAGAUCAGCGGGGUGAAGAAGGUCAGCAAUGCCUCCAGCAUCACCGGUGGGAGCACAAACCGCUUCGGGGUCAAGACGGACCAGGAGGAGCUGCUGUCGAAGGACCUGGAGGACAUCAACAAGUGGGGGCUGAAUAUCUUCAGAGUGGCGGAGCAUUCCCACAACCGGCCGCUCACGUGCAUCAUGUACAGCAUCUUUCAGGAGCGAGACCUAAUGAGAACGUUUAAGAUUCCAACCGACACGUUUGUGACGUUCAUGCUAACCCUGGAGAGCCACUAUCACUCAGACGUGGCGUACCACAACAGCCUCCACGCUGCAGACGUGGCCCAGUCCACCCACAUACUCCUGUCCACGCCCGCUUUGGAUGCUGUCUUCACUGAUUUGGAGAUCUUGGCAGCCAUUUUUGCUGCAGCCAUUCAUGAUGUAGAUCACCCAGGAGUUUCCAACCAGUUCCUCAUCAACACCAACUCUGAGCUGGCUCUGAUGUACAACGAUGAGUCAGUCCUGGAGAACCACCACUUGGCUGUGGGCUUCAAACUGCUGCAGGAGGAAAACUGCGACAUUUUCCAGAACCUCACCAAGAAGCAGAAGCAGACUCUCCGGAGGAUGGUCAUAGACAUGGUUCUGGCAACCGACAUGUCGAAACACAUGAGUCUUCUGGCCAACCUGAAAACCAUGGUGGAGACCAAGAAGGUGACGAGCUCUGGUGUGCUGCUGCUGGACAACUACACAGACAGGAUGCAGGUGCUGCGGAACAUGGUCCACUGUGCGGACCUGAGCAACCCCACCAAACCUCUGGAUCUGUACCGGCAGUGGACAGACCGGAUCAUGGAUGAGUUCUUCCAUCAGGGAGACAGAGAGCGGGAGAGGGGGAUGGAGAUCAGCCCCAUGUGUGACAAAAACACGGCUUCAGUGGAGAGGACUCAGGUUGGCUUCAUAGAUUACAUUGUCCACCCUCUGUGGGAGACGUGGGCAGAUCUGGUCCACCCUGAUGCCCAGGACAUCCUGGACACCCUGGAGGACAACAGGAACUGGUACCAAAGCAUGAUCCCUCAGAGCCCUUCCCCUCCAUUCUAUACCAGUGAUGGAGAAGGAAGCCAACACGAGGACAGUGAGGGGAGGUCUGUGGACAGUAGAUUUCAGUUUGACCUCUCAAUGGACAGCCAGGACAGCCAAGCUGGACACGGACACCACGAGACGACGGACCUAGCUGUGACGUGCGACCACGUUAAUAAAGAGGACCUCUCAGAUCUGGAGGACGUAGACACGACGACACGUGACGUCUCCCCUGCGGAAACAUAGCCGAACCAGUUGUUGCGUUAGAGAGCAACAGUUGAAAUUGUUUUAAUUGCAGUGGAGCAAUCCUGCAAAUCUGGCUCUUUGAAGCUGCCAGGCUGAAAGGGUCUGAUUGGAUGUGAGGAGCCCCUGUAACUGAGGCUUAGAAACCCUGUGGCCAUUUGUUUUGGAGCGCCCGAAUCGUGGGGUAUCUGUUCUUCAAGAGGAGGCACGUCUGAAUCUACGUCACUACAGACAAAGAUUCUAACGAUGGUAUGAACUUGGAAAAGUAAAACUUCCAAACUUGCACUUCCAGCCAUUUUCUUUCUUUAUGUGGAACAUUUCUAAUGUUUUUAGACUGGAUUACACAUGGUGGCGUCUUACUACUGGUCUCUUCGAACCAAGUAGUUUUUUUUAACACUUGUCUAAAAGUAACUGUGUGCCUUUUUUUUCUUUUUUUUUACAAUCACAUCUGUUUUUAUUUAGUGUUUUGUAACUUAUUGAACCCAUUCCUGUAGCUGUAAAGUUUGUCCAAUUUCUACAAGGUGACAUUCUGUUUUUUUUUUGGUCUCUCACAGUCUUCCUAAUGUUCUGGCAAUAUUCUAACGAAAGUGUUCGGUGGAUUUUUCUCAGAUAAUCAGUAGACUUCCCAGCACGAUUUGCACUUUGUGGAACACUGUUUAACGAGGACAGCACGACCGAACUCACAUUGAACCAAAACAUUAACUCUAGCUUUUCUAAAUUUUUGGUUUUUUUACUGACAGUAAGCGUUUAAAUAUUAAUUAAUCCAAAUUUGAAAUUCCAACAAAAGUUCCAAAGAUUUCUUUGAUCCACCUCUGAGAAGUGUGAUCGCACAUCCAAAGGGAACAUUCCAGCUACAAAUCAAACUCUUUUUGUUUUAUGUUAUUUUUUUGGGUAGGUGGGCCACAUUUCCAUCAUCAAAGCAGGUUUGAAAUCCCAGGUUUUUGCCCCGAGGCUCUUCCUGCCUCAAUGCCCAAAGUUCCACCCAUUCUGCUCACACACCUGUUGUGUGGUUGGCAGCCCCAUACGCUUCACAACGUGACUCACGUUGAGCUUUGAAUGACUGUGUGCACAGCUUCGCACAGAUGGUGGCAGAAUCUUUGUUAGGUUUUUUUUAUUUUCUUGGCAGCACCUUGAAAUGCAGUCCUGCAGCUGGUUGCAGAGAUGCCAACACUUCCUUAAAAGGUACCGCAGUGUGCGCUGAAGGUAGCGUGUGUGUGUGUGUGUGCGUGAGAAUCCUCACGGAGUCGCACAAUCUUGUCGCACCCAGUUGUGUUGUGCUGACAGUUAACGGUGUAUUUAUUACGUUUUUCUUGUAUAUGAAAAUACUGAUUGCUAAUAUUCACUGUCAUUAUUUAUAUGCACUACCACGUCACUUACGGUUUGACUGAACACGUCUUGUGGUAUUUAGUAAAGUAUUUUGCUAUCACAAGAAGUUCUGAGAGCUUUGGUUUCGUACUCCAGCCAGUAUGUAAAGUCAACUACCCCUUUGUGUGAGGUGCAACACCGCCCCUUUUUUCUUACGAGUCCUUUGUUCCUGGCGGAGUAAAGCUGGACAUUUACUGCAGCACAUUGUGUACAGUGACAGGUCAUUGUACAGCUGUAGGACUAUUUGCUGAAUACAUAUAGCAUUGUUUUAAAUGUAUUUUUUCAGUGUUUCCUCACAGUAUAUUGAUAAAAUGGUGUAUGUUGUGCUCAACAAAUGUUUUCUAUCUGAUUAAUAAAAUGAGCAUGUAUAAUAGAA